GCAGGCUGGGGCAGGCAGUGUGCCCAUGGCUUGUGCUCGUGUGUGUACCACCUUCCCACACCCACACCAGCUGCUCCACGCCCAUACCAGCUGCCCCACGCCCACACCAAGGAUUCCUACUUCCGUCUGCAGCCUCUGAAGGUUGAGUGGAGAAAUAAUGUGACCAAGCCAGGCGACGAUACUAACAAGAAUGUCCUACUGAGGCUGCAAAAAUGGCCUGCUGACGCUGCAAUCAUAUCCUGCUACAAUGCCCUGCAACCAUACCCUGCUGACCCUUGCUGCUUCUAAGGGCUCAACCCUUCAAUCCUGACAGACAUUUCCUUAAGGGCGCCUCCACAGUUUCCGUCUUCAUCUUGCUCCUUCACCUCGCCUGCCAUCAUGACCGUGGACACAUCUGAGGUGGUGAGCUUGCUAAGGAAGGGUGACAAGAUUGGUGUUAUGAUUUACCUGCGACACGGAGGUGACCCCAACGCUCGGAACCACUUGGGAUGGACCCUGCUCCACCUGGCCUGUGUCGAGGUCUCAGACCGAAGCUCCAGCGUCCUCUUCUCAUGCACGGUGAACUCGUGCACCACGGACAUGUGCACGCCCCUACAUCGUGCGUCCGCUCAGGGCUACAGCGCUGUCGUUGAACUCUUGCUCAAGAAGAACGCCUAUGUGAACGCCCAGGAUAAGGCAGGUAACACACCGCUGCACGAGGCAGCUCGUGGCCUUCACACUGCUGUGGUUAAGAUGCUCAUAGAGAAGAAAGCGGACGUUACCAAGACCAACCACAAGAACCAGGUCUUCCUGCAGCUGGUGGGUCAGCAGGUGAUGCCAGUGGUGGAGUCCGGGGACUGCGAUACGCUGGUGCAAUGGCUGGACUGGGGACUGAGUCCAGACAUAAAGGGUAACCUCCACUGGUCGGCCCUGCACCACGCCUCUGCUAGGGGACACCUCAACAUCGUCUCCAUUCUGCUCGAGAGGGGAGCCAACGUCAACGCUGAGGACAGUAACCGUACCACGCCCCUGCACACCGCAGCUUUCCACGGCCACCUGCGCAUCGCAGAGCUUCUUAUCGACGCUGGCGCCAACCUCAACGCUUCGGAUCAGCGAGGCAACACCCCGUUACACUCUGCUAUAGAAGGAUGUCAUCCAGGCGUGAUCAACCUCAUGCUGGACCGGGGCUGCGACACAUCCAUACCUAACAAGGAGGGCCAGAUCUUCACCCACCUGGUCAAUGAGUUCCUGGUGACGGCAGUACAUGCCGUCAACGUGGGUCACGUGGCCAGCCUCCUGAAGGGACACGCUGACCCUGACUCCCGCGACUCCUUCGGCUUCCCCGUCCUCUGCCACGCCGCCUUCAAGGGCGACGUGCUGAUCGCCGACGCGCUGCUGGAGGCUGGUGCGAACCCCAACCUGGCAGACGCAGGGGGUAAAACCCCCCUGCACCACGCCGCUUACUGGGGACACCUCUUUGUGCCAAGGCCUUACGGAAAAGGGCGCCUCCUUAAUGCCCAGGACAAGAAUGGGUGUACGCCGCUACACGAGGCGGCGAGGGAGGGCGUGGAGGACGCCAUCACUAUUCUGACUGGUCGAGGAGCCAAGCUUGACGCCACUGACGAGGAAGGCAACACUCCCCUACACGCCGCCGCCAGGUGGGGCCAAACCACCGCCGUCGAGCUGCUCAUAGAGAAAGGCGCUUCCGAUGUGAUCAAAAACAAGAGCGGUCUUCUCUACUCAGAUCUGGCUUUGAUCCGUGCUGUGCGCACAGAGGAGCGGAGUCAAGUGAUGGCCGGCCUGGCCUGGGGUGGUGACCCUAACAGUAGGGAUGCUCGACGUCAGACACUCCUACACCACGCUGUCUAUAAGGGAGCCCAGGAAAUCUGUGUGUUGCUGCUGGAGUGUGGCGCUGAUGUCAACGCUGUCGACGCUCAUGGCAGAACACCUCUCCUUCUGGCUGCCUACCGUGGCAAUCAUCAGAUCAUGCAGCUGUUGCUGGACGAGGGUUCUGACAUCAACGCCCAGGACUGGACGGGUCAGACACCGCUACACUGGGCGGCCAGUGAGGGCAGUGUGGACACCGUCCAUCUCCUGCUGGAGCGGGGCGCUGUUACCUCCGUCAGGAACAAGGAUGGACUUCUCUACACUGACCUGCUGCUGAAGCAUCUGUACCUGGCGGUGCGCCACAACGACGCAGACAAGGUGGUGGGUCUGGUGCGUGCAGGUGCUGACCAGUUCGCUGAGGUGGAAGGCACAGGUCUCAACCCUCGUGAAGAGGCCAAGAGACAGGGCCUCUAUGACAUCCUCCGCCAGAUGGCAGCUCUCGCAAAGAAGGAGCCUCAGCAUGAAGACGACAAAAUCCUAGCUCUCGAGGAUGUCUAUAGGCUGUUUGAAGACGGAUAUAUCACUGAGGACGCCGACCGCAGCUCCUCCGCUUGUGGGCGGAGUGAGACGGAGGAGGACGAGGAAGAAGACCAAGAGGAAGACGAGGAUGCCUAUUGGAAAAUGUCCAAUGCCUACGAGGUACUCACUGUCGAAGAGGCAUUUAAAGAUGAAGAUGAUUGGCUGGAGGCAUGGAUGGAAAAGCCGAAGGUGAUCUCCGCCAAGGAGCUCUUCGAGGAAGAUCAAGCCGCCUUCUGGGAGACUUGGGAGGAGAAACCCAAAGUUAUAUCUGCAAAAGAGUUAUUUAAGGAAGAUACCAAUUGGUGGGAAGACGAUGACGAAGAGAACCAUGAUAGACGGGGUGAAGACGAAGACAAACCGAAAUACAUUUCAGCUAAAGAGUUCUUCAGAGACGAUGAGUGCUGGUGGAGGGACGCCUUGGAGGACUUGCAAGAAUCACAAGUUUCGGAUGAAGAACUAUUUGCAGGUGGAGAAGAGAAGAAGCCAAAGAUAAUGACAGCCAAAGAUUUUUUCAAAGAUGAAGAGAAGCCAUGGUGGGAGACAGAAGAAGAGGAGCACAAAAAAGUUAUCUCAGCCAAAGAAUUCUUCAAAGAUGAUGAGAAGCCAUGGUGGGAGACUGAAGAAUUCAUUCAACAAGAAAAGCCAAGUGGUUUUCUAAGUGGACUAAAAAAAAGCUCGGAUUUUGCACACUUUUCUAACAGCCACUUUGUGGGCAGUGAAGAAGAGAGUGAAAUCCUUGAAGGCAGAGAGGAAGAGGAACAAGAGGAAGAGAAGGAAGAUAAAUAUAGUGCAUCGGAAUCGUCUGAUGACGAAACGGAAUUGUCGAGCAGAACGGACGACUUCGAGGAUGCCAACGACAGCUUGCUCAGUGAUAGUAGCACCAUGUACAGUGCCAGUGAAGGCGAGAGACUACCAGCUAGCGUGGUCUUUAGAGACACUCCCUGGUGGGAGACUGACGACCAACAAGAUGAAAACAGCCCAAAAGCAUCAGAGUCAAACGCGAUGGACGCCUCGCAAGAAAAGCUCUGGCUGGACGACCUGAGUGAAGCAAGUGAAGCGACAGAAACAUUAGAUAUGGACACGAGUGAGAUCAGUGAGGUAGCAACGGCAACAGAGUUCUACCGGCGGGCUUCAGAGAGCUCACAGCUUGAAGUGGUAUCUAGCAUCUGCGUUGAGAGUAAGCGAAGCGACGUAGACAGAAUGAGAAUUGAAAUUGAUACCGAUCAAGACACUAUUGCGACAGACAGAGAGAGUGAAUCAGAAAAGAGAGAAAAUGACGAGGAUAGUAAUGGGGAGGAGGAGGAGGAGGAGAAAGAGGCAACAGAUGAAAAAGAAAAUGAUAGAAAGAAAAACGUUUCAUACGAAGAGGAUGACAAAGGAAUAGUUGAAGAUUACAAUAGUGAAAGUGAGGCACUGAAGAGUGAGGAUGAAAUAGAAGAUAUAUCGGAUGAAGAACUCGUUGAAGAAGAUGAGAAUGAAUAUGAUUCAGAUGAAGAGGGAAAUGAACGCAAUCCCUCGGGAACAAUGAAUUCAGCAGUAAGUGCUGAACUCCCUGAUAUUAAGAGGGACGGCAAUUCAGCUGUUCAGGAAAACAUUAGAAAAAAUAUUACACCUUUAGUAGAGAUAGAAAUGUACGAUAAAGACAACGACACCUUGAACUCUAGACCUGGUGACGGAAAAGAGAAAAAUGAAGAAUCUGUGGGAAUUCUGAGCCCAACUUUUGAUUUGCUUGCGGACUCGGUGAGUAAAGCAGACAGUUUAGAGAAGGAUGGCACUAACCUAGACGUAGGCACAACUAAUACUGACUCUUUGUUAGAUCGAAACCAGUUAUCAGUUGACGCUUACUAUAUGGAGGGAAAUCUCCAAAAGUCAGAUUCGCAGACUAGUGGAUAUGAGUCGAGUUUGUCCUUGUCUGAAAGCAGAACUAGCCAUCUUACCGCAACCUGUAAUGUUAGAGUAGAUAGCGAGUGUGGUGAAAGUAGUUCGGAAAAGCAAAGCGAAAUUGAAAGCAACGAAAACUCUAAGCAAGAAAUGAUAACGGUGGAAAAUGUUUCACCUGAGGGAAAAGAUAGAUACGAACCAGUGACCGAAGUAAGGACAGACACAGCAGAGAAUGACAGAACUCAUGUUGACGACGUUGACGAACCACGAAAUGUUUUACCUGAGAGAGAAGACACUUGUAACCCAGUGACUAAAACAAUGACAGAGGCAGGGAAGGACGAUGCAAUUUGUGUUGACAAACUACAACAUGUUUUACCCGAAACAGAAGACGGUUAUGAACCAAUGACUGAAGUCAGGAACAAGGCAGUGGAGGACGAUGCAACUCGUGUUAAUAAAGCCGACAACCCAGAUAACAUUGCAGAAAUAAAUGAAGAAGAUGCAGAAGAAAUCAAUCGAACACAAGUUAAACCAGAAGAUGUAAAGCGGGUUGUGAUUCAAAUGAAACUUUGUACAGACGACAUGAUGAAAAAUGUGAAUGAGGUCAAAGAAGAAAACGAACCAAAAACAUAUAACAAGGUUUCUGAGGGAGAAAGAAAAGAUAGUGAGAUGGAAAACAGGAUUCACAAAAAUGACACUUACGUGAAACCUGUAAAACUCCAACCAUCAGUAGGCGUGACAUUAACCCAAAGUUAUACAGCUUCUGUUAAAGAAAGUCUUGGCGACAAAAUAGCAGUAAAUAAAAUGGAUGCAUGUUUGGCUAAAGUGGACGCCAGUCUGGCCUGGGUGGACGCCCGAUUGACAAAGGACUCCAGCAGCAGGAUGCAACAGGGUGAAAAUAAAAAAGCAGAAGACGUGAGGACAUACGCGGCUGUUCUGGCACAGGGAGCCAGAACAACUCCAAAGUACUGCGGGGCGGCCAAGACAACAAAGCCCCACGGAAGGAGUGAGGAUUCUGCUGUACGUGCUAAAACCAAAAGCGAAGACAAGGACUCUGUGUUCUUGAUGAAAGUUCACGUACAUGUUCCAGAGGAGAGUAGCGAGGUGUGGCCUGCUGAAGAGGGAGCUGCUGCUAGCCAGGACGGGACCAGUUUACACAAUAUUGCUCCUGCAAACGGCAAGUUAACCGGAGGCACUUUUCUUGGGGUAGUAAACAAUGGGAGCUCUGAUUCAAAGAAGAGCUCUAAGUAUAUUUCUAGAUUAUCGGAAGGCAUUGAUUUGGAAGAUAAGGAUUUGAACACCUGUAGCAUAAAACCAACAGAGCAAAUAUUGACCGCUAAACCAAAUAUAGAGACUGAAUCAGUGGCUGAAGAACGUUCCAUAAAAGAAAGUGAUGUAACUACCAGUAAGGAAAUUGCCGAGGACAUCCAACCCAAAACAAAAGAAAGAUAUACUCAUAGUAGAAAAGAAAUUUAUUCUAGAAGAGUUUUAGAGGAAAAAACAGGCAACGGUAACAUAAAAACAUUGAAACGAGGGGAUGUUAAUGAUGAUAUGUGCAAACUACAAGACACGUUACUCAACAAAGUGGGGCCCAGCAACAACAGAAACGAAGAUAUGUGUAGCACCCACGUUGAUGUUACUUCACAACAAGAUCAACGCAGUAAGGAAAAUGAAGAUACCUGUGGUACUCACGUUACUGCGUCACAAGAUCACCUUAGCAAGGAAAAUGAAGAUACUUCUGGUACUCAGGUUGAUACUGCGUCACAACAAGAUCAACACAGCAUAGAAAAUGUAGAUGUUUGUAGUACCCACAUCGAUACUACAUCACAGCAAUAUCAACGCAGCAGGGAAAAUGAAGAUACUUGCGGUACUCACGUUACUACUUCACAACGAAAUGAAUGCAACAAGGAAAAUGAAGAUACUGUUAGUACUAAUGUUGAUACUGCUUCACAAGAUCAAAACAGCAGUAAUAUGCCUGUGAAUUCUGCUUCACAGGAAGAUCAUAGCUUAGCUGAUGAAAGGGAGAGUAAUCAUAGAGUUAACGAUAAUGGGAAAACGGAUGCGAACCUCACGAACGAGAAAGAAAAGGAGCUGUCUCGCGAAAGCUCCGUUGAACGAUCAUCAGCACCUAGCGCGAGUGAGGCUAAGCUUCUGUCGUCUCAAAAGACCCUUUGGAGAUGUAGCACCUACGAAGCCAUGAGCCUCAGUGACUAUGAUAAUCUUGCAUUCUUGAUCAGUAAAUCGGCCAGCUCCCCGGCUUGUUGGCCCACCAUGACGACACAUAAACUCUCCCUAAGCAUAGAAUCUCUAGACAAGGCCACAGAUGAGGUCUCAUCAAAAGCAACUACGGGCCAGAAGCAUCACCUCCUAGAAGAAACUUUGUUCAACAGUACUGCUGGGAAGAAACGUGAGCCCUCUGAAGAAACUUCGGCCAAGAGUACUACAGGACAGAAACUUGGCUCCCCAGAAGAUACCUCGUCUAAAGGUGGUACUAGACAUAAACAUGGCCCCUCAGAAGAGCCCUCGUCCAGAAGUACUCAACAGUACGCGGGGCACUCAGUGGAGACGUCGGUUAAAGGCGCCGGUGGUCAGAAUUAUGACUCUACCUCUGAAGAACCAUGGAACCAAUUCUCUAAGUCAAACACUAUGAAGGAAACUCGCCCAGAUCUAAUGAAUACUAGUAGCAGUAGAUGUCACAUAGAUGGAUACGCAAACGAGCGUAAAGACUAUGUAGAGGAAGUCAGUAGCAGUAGGUGUCGCGUCCAUAAAGCCAGUACCAACUCCCACGACCUUGGCGAGAGUCAGACAGAGACGUCUAGUUACAGAGACAAUAUUAUUAAUGAAAUUCCACAAACAUCUGUUGCAUGCGAAGCUUCUUCCAUGUCACCGCCCGCGCCAGUAGAAACACAAGCAUGCCCUAACCAUAGUGAGACUAGCACCGCUCAACACCCGUUCCUUGUUCCUCCAAGGAGAAGGGAACGAAAACUGCAAUAUCAAACAGUAGAUGACAAAGAUGAUGGACAUAGACCAGACAGCAAAUCUAAUGAACUAAAAUCGCCUACUAACACCGCUUUGUUGUAUGACUCAGAUGAAAAAGAGGCCGGUAAAAUAGCGGCAGCCUCGCAGGUAGCGCCUGAAGCACGCCACGUUUCUGCUAUAACAAGCAAGGAGUUCAAACGGGAGAAAGACAAGACCAAAGAGGUAAGCAUCGAGUGGAGCGGCUUCUUCUCGCUUACUUCUGCCAUAUUGCUUCUGCAAAAUCUUGCUUUCAUAUAUUUCAUUCUCAUUCCUUUAAUAAAACUAAUUGCUUCAUUUUUAUAGUCUAGAGAACAGAUGCUUAUAACUUUAUGAAAAUGAAGAGAAAUUUCACGUAAUGCACGCACAACAAUGGUGUUUUUUACUGUGAAAUAUGUAGAUCAAGUUUUGGGGGUAGAGAUGAAGCGGGUAUUUGAUAUUCUUUGCAGUUGGGCGUGAUGGCAGGCAAGUCAGACCCCGUCAGAAAGUCCUCGUCCUGCCGCAUAAGUUGAUCCUCAGCAAAUAACUUCAUCAACGUUUACAAAAUCCACUGAACAAAAUAUAAUUGUCGCCACGUUCUUGAUGCCGUCAUGGCAGCGCAUUCACAGAGAUGUAAAUUGGCUGCAAGUGGCAAUGCGAAAAAAUGACUUCGCUUGUGUAAAUUACCCACCAGAAGAUCAAUAUUGUAUUAGGCUUUAUCGGUUGCCACUCGUAUGACAGCCUAUGCUACCAAUCGAACUAAACAAAAAAAAAAGAUACGUCUGCCCCCAAAAUUUGAAUUAUAUUUUUAACUGAGGCUGAAAUAAUAGUUUUAGUAUGCUAACACUAUAAACAAUGAUCAAGUCCAGCAGAACAAAUUACGACUGUUUGUGGAAUACCAUAAAACUCAUCACGAACAAGAACAACUGUUGUUAUUUAAAAAAAAUGAUCAAUACAUUUUAAAUAACUCACAGAAACGUCCAUUCCAUCAUUAGAGUGUUCCCCUCCUCCUCCUCCUUCUCCUCUCAUGCCUUCCCGGACGCUGAGUGAUGCUGUCUGUCGUCUGAAGUCUGACGCUCUGCUUCCUUGGUGGCCACAGUGAAAAGUUCCUCCAUGUCUCUUCCUUGACACAUGGACUUGCUUACCCCUCCAGGGAUGAAGUGAUGCAAUUUCACGUAAUACAAAAAUGAAAGAUCACUAUUUUUAACGUCCCAGGGGAUGUGAAAACUGUUCCUGAACAUUGGUAGGAAAGUUUUCCUGGUAAUGGAACAUAGCUGGCUGACCAUGGAGUGAAUACAGUUUCCGAGCUUUGCUGCUUUGGGUUAUUUUGACCUGAUCGCCAUUAUGCUGACCACAGAGGUUAUUUUGACCUGACCGCUCUUUUGAUGGCCAUUUGCAGCACUUAUUGUUUAUUUGCCAUUUAUUUUACUCCCGUUUAUAUUCGUUUAUUUUGAUUUUUUGGAAGUUUUAUAUUAGAAACUGGAGACAUUUCAUUCAUCAUUUCUCUUGUAUCAGGAGUAACGUGUUGAAUGGAAUUAUAUACGAAUAUAUGCGCACAAUGAUGCACCCCAGCUCAGAAUGCUUAAUACUUCCAAUAAUUACAUAUGCCCACCCAAGACUAGUCACAUGCAUGCUAAUUGGCCCUUGUAAGAUUAGGAGGGGAGAUGUACCACAAUUAAGUUGAACGGUGUUGUAUCACAGCCUAGUAGAAUGGUGUAUUACCACAAAGCAGAUGGUACAGUACCAUAAUCUAGUUACUAGACUAUGGUACCGUACCAUAUGGUAUCGUAGAUCGUGCUGUAGAAGUAGGUACACUAGUUUCAUGAUGUCAUCACCAGAUAAAGCAUGUAUCACAACUGGGAAGACUGUGUUAUCACAACCAGGAAGUGUCCUGUCAGUCAGUAUACAUAGUGCAUCCUACCGAGUAUUAGUGUAUUUAGAAAUACAUAUUUGAUCUUACUAGUGUUAACAAGUAGCAAGUAGUCCACUCUGUGGAGGAUAGUGGUACAUUCUCUCUUCAGUAUUUUCACUCUUAAAAAAUGAAAAAUUACCUGGAGUUUACCUAGGUUAGAAUAGCGUUGUUUGACGAAUAAACUAAAUUGAUUUUAUUUAGACAUAAGUGCCUAUGGACUCAAAAAAAUGAAUGAGGAAAUUAUAUCUGUUGUAGAUUAGUGUUAUGUUACAAAUAAAAAUUAUAAUGACUUUUUUAAGGUUUUUAAAUACUUAUGUUAAAUUAAUAUUAAAUGACGGCUAAAUUAUAUUAACAUUUUAGACUCACAGGAGAAGUAUUUUGUUUAAAGUAUAUGUUAAUGUAAAUGACUGUAACAGUUCAUGAAAUGUUUCUUCACUUCACCUCGUGAAUGUAUGUGCAUGAAUGUAUUGUAGUUCAGUUUUUACCCACUGUAAUGUACAGCUCAGUGUUCUCUUGCGUAAAUGUCACUUUUUUACGCUUAAUGUUAGAUACGUAUCUUGCCAUAUGGUGCGUAUGAGUCUUGUUCCCACGCUGUGUACACCUCUGUGCUGCUCACAUUUAAGGGUCUUGUGUUCCCACGCUGUGUACACCUCUGUGCUCAUAUUAAAAGUCUUGUGUUCCCACGCUGUGUACACCUCUGUGCUCAUAUUAAAAGUCUUGUGUUCCCACGCUGUGUACACCUCUGUGCUGCUCAUAUUAAGGGUCUUGUGUUCCCACGCUGUGUACACCUUUGUGCUUCUCACAUUUUAAGGGUCUCGUGUUCUCCACAUUGUGUACCGGUGUGUUUAUAUUUCACACACUGCAGUGCUUUCCACGGUAUACAGUUACGUGUGUGUUACAUUCGUGUACAAGACUGGAAUGUCAGCUAUCCAUGUACCCUCAACUCCAUCCUGAUCCAGUCACCUUUCCAAUUCAAUCCCAGAGUAUCGACAGGUGCAAGAUGUUCCUACCCACCCUUCCCCAACCCCAGGGUAGAGUUUGUAGAAAUACGGAUGUAUAUAUUUAUAACUUUCCAUUGUAUGACUUAGAAAUACAUUUAUGCGAGUCUGUAGCCUACUGAAAUAUUUUCUCUGGCCACACAGAGGCUUUGAUCUGGCUGUACUUCAGGCAGCUGUACGUAUUGUGUAUUAAUGCUGUCUUAGAAGCUGUAGUCUCCUCAGUGGGUGAUAUAAGACCGGUUUGUGAUAUGUAAAACAGUUUCCAACCCCAUGUCUUGUAUGAAAUAAACUGUAUGUAGAUGC